GCCACGUGACCGAGAGCGCUGCAGUUUCAUUCACACCUGGGCAGGUGAGACACUCACCUGUAACUGUCCGAGAGGCUGUGCAGAGAGGACGGGACGGGAGACGAACAGCGCUUUUCUCUCAGUGACCGGACAGAAGUGAGUUCCAGCCGCCAUGGGUGACGGGGGUCCUCACAGCUGGUGGAAGUUCACCUUCCUGCGCAAGAAAAGCGGCUCCAAGGUGCUGAGCGAGCUGCCGGUCGAGCAGAGCAGUAACACCGAGGGCGCCGACAGGGAGAGCCGGGGCGACUCCCAGCUCGAGGCCCGGCUGGAGAAGAUCGUGGACAAGAGCACCAAGGGCCGGCACGUCCGAGUCUCCAACUCGGGCCGCUUCAAGGAAAAGAAGAAGGUGCGCUCGAGUCUGUCCGAAAACCCCGGCUUAUUCAGCCAGGCGGAGGCCGGGGCCGACGCCGGAGAGAAUCGCUGACAGCCGGCCGGAGCGCCGAGCGCUCCCAUCCAGAGACUGACUUCCCGUGGCUAUCCCAAAUGGGAGGAUUCCAGCCCACAGCGCACGGAGGGCGUUCCGGGGCAUCCCCUCAAUGGGUUAACACUCGACUGAAGCCUGGGGGGACCGAAAAGGACAAUCAACCAUUCGGCCCAGUUGAACUACAAUUUGCGUGAUGGGUUAAGGACAAUCUGGUCAUGGAAUGGCUUUAAAGGGUUAACCCCCGCGACCCACCUGGGGUUCAUUUCCCCGACCGCGUUUGAACUUCAGGAGAGGCAGCUUAUCGCUGUUUUUGGCUCGCAAUGGACAUUGGCUUCACAGUGAAUGCAGCCCCGAAAGCGACCGGUUUCCAGGUGUGACUAGAGACUUGAUUUGCGGGAAUGAACGGUGCGCUCCGGAGGCCGGAGAGCGGCUGUCGCUGUCCGGACAGGUCUACCGUGACUUAACCGACCUACUGUGUGUGUGUGUGUGUGUGUGUGUGUCUGUCUGUGUCUGAGUCCUGAUAAAGGAGCUCGUCCCGAACGUCCACUCUUCACUCAUCUCCAUAGACGCUGCCUGACCUGCUGAGUUCCUCCAGCGUUUAUUUUGUGUGUGUGUGUUGCUCUGAAUUUCCAGCAUCUCGUGUCUUUCUCGUGUCUCUGCGCGUGCGUGUGCUCGCAAGUGUGUCUGUGUGUGUCUCUGUGUGUCUGACCGUGUGUGUAGGUAUGUCUUUGUGUGUGUGCAUGUGUGUGUGUAUGCGUGUCUCUGUGUGUCUGUCUAGGUGUAUAUGUAUAUGUCUGUGUGUGUGUAUGUAUAUGACUUUGUGUGUGUGUCUGUGUGUAUGUGUGUGCGUGUCUCUGUGUGUCUGUCUGCGUGUAUAUGUUUGUGUGUGUGCCUGUCUCUCUGUGUCUGUCCGUGUGUGUGUGUGUGUGUGUGUCUAAAUGUGCUUUUAUGUGCGAGAGAGAGAGUUUAUUGGUCUGUAAAUCACGCAGUGUUUUUACGUGAAUAAACGAAAUUGGUACUUGUAAUUAACAUUAUAUAUUAUUUUGCUAAAAAAAGGCGAGAGCCACAUUAUGUUUAAAGUACAAAUAAAAUACUGAGUUAUGUUUGGACAACAAGAAGGCCUGGAAAACAAAACUGGGUCACGGGAACGGAAUUCUGGUUACGUGCCGGGGUGGGUGUGUGUGUGUGUCUAUUCCCGAGCCGCGUGAAUAACUGUGAUCCCAUUGAUACUGGGACUCAGCGAUUCCCUUGAAAGAUGACGCUGAUAAAACCUCGAUUUCACCACAUUUCGGUGUCAAGAGCAGUCAGCUGACAUACCUUUUGUGAAGCUCCUUGGAAGGUGAAAGGUGGCGUUAUAAGUUACUGUGUCGCUAUCAUAAACAGGUGGGCCUGCUCGCCAGAAACUUAGUGAACAGGUUGGCCAGGUUGGGGUAAGAGAGUUUCAGUGGGACGAAGAGGCCGUCACGUGAUGUAACUGAAACUGCACCGCAGGUUCCUGAUUAUUAAUUUUUUUAAAAGUUUCCUGGAUAAUUUAGUACGCCAGCCUUUGAGCACGACAGGAUAUCAUAACGAUAAGGGAGUCCACAUAUCAGAGUAAAUGUAUUAUCUGCACAAAAGCAGUCACGUUCAAAAGCGUCAGGCGCGCACAUCUAUAUAGCUAGGGCUGCCGAAGACUUUUACACAGUACCGUAGUAAUUUUAUGUAUUGCACUGUACUGCGGUUGCAAAAAAAAAACAAAUUUUAUGACAUAUCUGAGUGAUGAUAAACCCGAUUCUGAUCUGGGUCUCU